GCUGCUAUCAGAGCUGGUCAGGAGGGUCUCAAGGUGCGAUAUCCUGUUUCUCUCCGCUCACGAGCGAUGCGGUGAAGCCGUACACUAACCUUGGUCGCCUCUUUUUUUCCCUGUCGUCAACAGACUGCCUGUAUCGAGAAGCGUGGCCGUCUCGGAGGUACCUGCUUGAAUGUCGGCUGUAUCCCCUCGAAAUCUCUGUUGAACAACUCCCACCUGUACCACCAGAUCCUCCACGACACGAAAAAGCGCGGUAUCGAGGUCGGCGAUGUCAAGCUCAACCUUGAGCAGAUGAUGAAGGCCAAGGACACCUCCGUCGAGGGCCUGACCAAGGGUAUUGAGUUCCUCUUCAAGAAGAACGGUGUCGACUACAUCAAGGGUACCGGUGCCCUCGUCGACGAGAACACCGUCCAGGUCAACCUUCUCGAGGGUGGUGAGCAGACUCUGCGCGGCAAGAACAUCAUCGUUGCCACCGGCUCCGAGGCCACUCCCUUCCCCGGCCUGAACAUCGAUGAGAAGAGAAUCAUCACCAGCACCGGUGCUCUCUCCCUCAAGGAGGUCCCCAAGAAGAUGGUCGUCAUCGGUGGUGGUAUCAUCGGUCUCGAGAUGGCUUCCGUCUGGUCCCGUCUCGGUGCUGAGGUCACCGUCGUCGAGUUCCUCGGCCAGAUCGGUGGUCCCGGUAUGGACGCCGACAUUGCCAAGCAGGCUCAGAAGAUCCUGCAGAAGCAGGGCAUCAAGUUCAAGACCGGCACCAAGGUCACCAAGGGUGACGACAGCGGUGCCACCGUCUCUCUGAGCGUCGAGGCCGCCAAGGGCGGCAAGGAGGAGACCCUGGACGCCGAUGUCGUCCUGGUUGCCAUCGGCCGCAGACCCUACACCGAGGGCUUGGGCCUGGAGAAGGUCGGCAUCGAGAAGGACGACCGUGGCCGCCUGGUCAUUGACCAGGAGUACCGCACCAAGGUCCCCCACAUCCGGGUCAUCGGUGACUGCACCUUCGGCCCCAUGCUUGCCCACAAGGCCGAGGAGGAGGCCGUUGCCGCCAUCGAGUACAUCAAGACGGGCCACGGCCACGUCAACUACGGCGUCAUCCCCAGCGUCAUGUACACCCACCCCGAGGUCGCCUGGGUCGGCCAGAACGAGCAGGAGGUCAAGGCCGCCGGCGUCAAGUACCGCGUCGGCACCUUCCCCUUCAGCGCCAACUCCCGCGCCAAGACCAACCUCGACACCGAGGGUCAGGUCAAGUUCAUCGCCGAUGCCGAGACCGACCGCAUCCUCGGUGUCCACAUCAUCGGCCCCAACGCCGGUGAGAUGAUCGCCGAGGCCACCCUGGCCGUCGAGUACGGUGCCUCUUGCGAGGACAUCGCCCGCACCUGCCACGCUCACCCUACCCUGGCCGAGGCGUUCAAGGAGGCUGCCAUGGCCACCUACUCCAAGGCCAUCCACUUCUAAACUCCCUCACCUCAUCCCUUCAACCCGCCCCAUCAUGUACCUCCACCUCUAGUCUAGCUUCGCUAGCAAAUUCCGUGUAGCAUUGACACCAUUAUAUUUCCUAUGUCCUUGAGUGUAAUCAACCCUUUUUUUCAUGAAUCAAAGAGUAUUUUGGAAUUCUAGACCGGCUUGAAGCGAAGCACCUUUGCGUUCGUGGAGAAUAUCAAAUCUUGUACUGGAG